AAACGCUGGAGGAGCACACAGUGCCACACAGCCACGCACUGCAGAGGACACACAUACCACCGGGGAAUAUGUCCGCUUUCUCACGCACCAAGGGACGCUUACACCACCGGCGCAGCUCAGUCAAAGCAUACCCACUGCCUCUGCUUUAGUUCAGCGGACACACAUCCCCCUGUUAGCCACUUAUGCUCUGCUGAAAUCUUCCCUGCUGCUGCUGCUGGUCCAUCAUUGUCCUCUCUUCCUCCUCCUCCUGCUCUCCGCCGUCCUGUCGCCAGGAUGGACAACAAGACGCUCUGCAGUCCGCAACCCGUUCCCAACAAACCCAACUCUUCCUCGUCGGACCGCGGGAACUCUUCUUCGACGAGGAAGCCCGGGAGGAGCGGGUCUCACAGCCCGGGCUGCAGCUCCCUGGGCGGCCCGGCUGGAGCGGUGCUGGGGAACAGCAUGAAUCUACAGCAGCCCCGCAAGAGGCAGCUGGAAGGAGUGCUGAGCAAAUACACCAACCUGAUCCAGGGCUGGCAGAACAGGUACUUUGUGUUGGAUCCAGAGGUGGGACAGCUGCAGUACUUUGUCAACGAGCAGGGGAAGAGCCAGAAGCCUCGAGGGUCCCUUCCUCUAAUCGGUGCAUCGGUAACCCCGAGCGAUGAAGCUCCGCACAUGUUCGUUGUCAAUUCUGUCAAUGGAGAGCUGUACAAACUCAGAGCCUCCGACGCCAAGGAGCAGCAGUUUUGGAUCCAUCAGCUCCAAGCGUGUGCCAGGCGUCACUCUGACAGCAGUGCCAAGGUGAGGAAGCUGAAGGGCUCCGAUGAACACUUGAGUGUGGAGAGAGCAGGAGGAGGCCAGGAGCUGCUGGGCUCCUCAACCUCUGGUCGGACCCGUAGCUUCUCCCUCCUCCCCCACCUAACCCCAUCUUCAUCCCCGGGUUCUCAGAGGCAUCUGAGCCACGCCGCCUCACCCGGCAACAUCGUAACCAUCACCCACCACAAAUCUCCGGCUGCAGCUCGGCGGGCCAAGAGUCUGUACCCGGAACGGCUGCUGGAGGUCAAAGAGGUGAUGUCCCAAGCAGAGGGCCAGCAGAAGAACCUGGUCCAGACCAUAGACUCUCUCCCCCCCCGGGGGCCUCUCUCCUGUCUGGACCAGGACCUGCUGCUGCUCAAAGCCACGUCAGCCGCCACACUCAGCUGCCUGGGAGAGUGCCUGAACAUCCUCCAAAAGACCCAGAGCCACAGCCAGCCACCGCAUCAGUCCCAGUGCGACUACGCCGGCCACGGAGCCCCCUCCGAUGUUGCUCCUGUGUGGACUGUACCAAAGUCACCCUCAGGGGAGCAGUUGAAGAACGGCGAUCUGAUGCCUCUACGAUCAGCCGAGCCCUCUCCGACCUUCAGGAAAAGGAGCCUGUCCCAUGGUGCUGAGCACCACCAAGGGCUGGAAGACAUCAGCCCCUCUGAAGAGGUGACGGAUACGGAGGAUAAUGAAGAGGAGGACCUGGGAGUCCUGGACGACCAGCGGAGCAUCAUCCUCCACCUGCUCUCCCAGCUCAAACUGGGCAUGGACCUUACACGGGUGGUGUUGCCUACCUUCAUUUUGGAAAAGCGAUCACUCCUGGAGAUGUACGCCAACUUCAUGGCCCACCCUGACAUGUUCCUGUCAAUCACAGCGGGGGCCACAGCCGAGGACCGGAUAGUCCGGUUUGUGGAGUAUUACCUGACCGCCUUCCACGAGGGCCGGAAAGGUGCCGUGGCCAAGAAGCCCUACAACCCCGUGCUGGGGGAGACCUUCCACUGCUCCUGGGAAGUGCCUCGGGACAAAGUCAAACCUUUGGUCAGAUCCAACCAGGGGUCCUCCUGGGAGCCAAGCAGGGGCCCCAACAACACGCAGCAGGGCGCUGACUCACCAGCAGACUGCUACACUGUCCGAUUUGUGGCCGAGCAGGUGUCCCAUCAUCCACCUGUGUCUGGGUUCUACUGCGAGUGCCGGGAGAAGAGCAUGUGCGUCAACGCCCACGUGUGGACCAAGAGCAAGUUCAUGGGAAUGUCUAUAGGAGUGUCCAUGGUGGGAGAAGGGGUCCUUUGUCUCCUGGAGCAUGACGAGGAGUACGUGUUCACGCUGCCCUGUGCCUACGCCCGCUCCAUCCUCACCGUGCCCUGGGUGGAGCUGGGGGGAAAAGUCUCCAUCAACUGUGUCAAGAGCGGCUACUCUGCCACCGUCACCUUCCACACCAAGCCUUUCUACGGAGGGAAGGUCCACAGAGUGACGGCCGAGGUCAAACACAACCCGACCAACACCAUCGUGUGCAAAGCUCAGGGCGAGUGGAACGGCACGCUGGAGUUCACCUACAGCAGCGGAGAGACCAAAGUGAUCGACACCACCAAGCUCCCGGUCACCAGGAAGAAGCUGCGGCCUGCCGAGAAACAGUCAAGGACAGAAUCCAGGCGGUUAUGGCAACAUGUCACCAAGUCUCUAAAGGACGCGAACAUCGACAAGGCCACGGAGCAUAAACACCGGCUAGAGGAGCGGCAGAGAGGAGACGAGAGGCAGAGAACGGCUGACAACAAACCCUGGACCCCAAAAUACUUCACUAAAGAGGGAGAAGGUUGGAUCUACAACAGCCCACUGUGGAAGUCUACCUGACAGCAGAUUAACGGUCUCUACUGACGGACAAUAACAGAUCCCCCUCCACACUGAGGUCAGAGGUCAAGAGAAGGGAGCCAUGACCUUCAGACCUGAGCUGCAGACUCUGUGACACCAUGGAGUCACAUGAAGGAAACAAGCAAGGUGCCAAAGCGAUUUCCACUGUUAAAACCAAGAUGGUGGUUGGAUCUCUUGGGACUAUAGUACGUUUUAUAUACAGCUAAUAGUAUUACUAUCAAAGUAGAGUAUUUCUAUUUUACACCUUGCCAAGGCAUUUUUUUGCACAUGCACUGUAAUGAAGUUUGCCACUGGUGUUUUUUUUUUUUGUUCCAGACAUUGUAAUUGUUUGGUUCCAAGCUUUUAGUUUGUAACGCAGCGUUAGAAUGAGUUGAUACGAGUUCCCUGUAACACAUAAUACUGUAGCUGUAAAGAGUUGUUAUAAAGCACUUUUAUCAUAGAAAUAUAUUUAAUAUUUUAUAUCUAUAGCUUUUACUAAUCAGGGUGGUCUUUUAAAAGCUUUACAGGAAGUAAGAACACCUAACCACAUUUAAUUGAGAUAUGAGUAAAGAGUUAAAUGUACUGUGUUAGUAUAUAUUAUCAUUACAGUGAGCUUCUAGAAAGUAAAGGAUUGUUUUGUCUGCACUAUGAAUGUAUCUGGGCACAUUUUAAUGGCUUCUUUUCCAUCUUGUACUGUCUGUUACACAUGCCCUUUGUGUUUUUAUAUUUGCUCCAUUUCAAAUAUUCCACCCGUGGAGUGAGACGCCUCUGUAAAACAGACGCUUUCCAUUACUACCUCUCUAAUUCGGCUAUUUCAGCCAUUAGUGACUUUGUAUCCUUCUUCUUCAAAACAGAAAAUACUGGUUUGUUUGUUGCAAAAUGCUUCUGGGUCCUCUUAUCUUUUUUACUCAUGCCCCUAAAAUGGCACUUGUGUAAUUAGGCAGCCCGUGCCUCUUGAAGUUUAAUACUUCUCCUCAGGUCGCCCGUGGUGAUGAAUAUGGAUGAAGAGGCUUGUAGAAAACACACAGCCAUGUUCUCACAUCUGGGGUUUGCUGGGAGGUUGCCUCUGUGAAGAUGAGGAUAAUCCAGCAGAAUAACAAUCCCUGGGAACUGUUGGAGAGAAAAGGAAACGUGUCGGGUCAUAAUACCGUGGUAAUCACUUUCUCUCACGUUUGACAAACCAUGUUGGCUGUCUUCAUAAGUAUUUCUCAUUUAUCUCUCAUUGCAUUCCCUGCUUGAUUCCUCAGGCGUUCCUUCACUUACAUUCUCAAAUAUGAAUACCAUUUUAAAUCCAGGUGAAUUUACCAGAGGCCUAUUUUGUCAUAAAGAAUAGCCCUGCAACCAUUUAGAAAACAUGUCAUCUACAGCCACUUCAUCACUUACCUUACCUGACACUAACAAGCAGUCUGUUGUUAUGAAAGGCUCCAGAGGAAGUACAGAUUGUCCCAUUAAUGAAACCCUUCUCCAUGUUUUUGUUUUUUAAUAAACAUGUAUUCUCAUGAUGUCCUGAAUGUAUAUCUGUUCUGCAUCCAUGUGAUUAUUAUCAAAAUGUAAACCGUUCAAUCCACCGCUGGAGGACCAAUGAAACGUCUCAUCUGUCAUCACAAAGGUCAAAGCAGGAACAGAUUGAGAUCAUUUUGUUUUAAUAAAUGUGCCAUGGCAGUCAUUGACUCA